GUCUAAUUUGGAGCGAAGUCAAGCAGCUGUGGGAUGUAGGUCUGCAAGAGUAUCUCAACGAUAUGUGGAAUGUCAUCGAUUUCGUAACGAAUUCACUCUAUGUGGCCACAGUGGCAUUACGUGUGGUGUCUUUCUUUCAGGUGCAAAAAGAAAUGAUCAUUAAUCCGCAUGCCACUGAUUUGCCGCGUGAGCGUUGGGACACAUGGGAUCCAAUGCUCAUUUCGGAAGGCCUCUUUAGUGCGGCAAACAUUUUCAGUAGCCUCAAAUUGGUAUACAUCUUUUCGGUGAAUCCACAUUUGGGACCACUGCAAGUGUCCCUGUCGCGUAUGGUUAUGGAUAUCAUGAAGUUUUUCUUUUUGUACGUACUCGUACUAUUCGCCUUCGGCAGUGGUCUGAAUCAAUUGUUGUGGUACUACGCAGAUUUGGAGAAGAAACGCUGCCCUGAAGUUUCGCCCACAAAUGUACUUAUCACCAUGAACGGCACCACAGAUCCGAAUGCUUGCAUCGUUUGGCGGCGCUUUUCGAAUCUCUUCGAAACUACACAGACACUUUUCUGGGCUGUGUUUGGUCUAAUCGAUUUGGAUAGCUUUGAGUUGGAUGGCAUUAAGAUUUUCACACGUUUCUGGGGCAUGCUAAUGUUUGGCACAUAUUCCGUUAUCAACAUUGUGGUGCUGCUGAAUCUACUUAUUGCUAUGAUGAAUCAUUCUUAUCAACUUAUAUCGGAGCGUGCUGAUGUUGAAUGGAAAUUUGCGCGCUCCAAAUUGUGGAUAAGUUACUUUGAGGAAGGUGGCACCUGUCCACCACCAUUCAAUAUUAUACCAACACCGAAAUCCAUAUGGUAUGUGUUCAAGUGGGCGCGCAGAGUAUUCUGUAGUGGCUCUUCGGCUGCCAGACGUGAGCAUUUAAAGACAAUACGGCGUAAAGCGCAGCAGGCGAGUGAUCGCGAUUUCAAAUAUCAGCAAAUAAUGCGCAAUUUAGUGCGUCGCUAUGUGACCGUAGAGCAACGCAAGGCCGAAUCGCAGGGUGUCACCGAAGACGACGUGAACGAAAUCAAGCAGGAUAUAUCGGCAUUCCGUUGCGAAUUAGUGGAAAUUUUGAAGAAUAGUGGCAUGGAUACCAAUGUUUCUGCGGGACAAGGCGGUGGUGGUGGCAAGAAGAACCGUCAAAAGGAGCGACGGCUAAUGAAAGGCUUUAAUAUAGCGCCACCUGGUUCUACCGGUUCCUUGGCGCCGGUAGCAGAAUUCUCCACCUCAUUGGAUAAUUUUGAUACACAACAUGAAAUACUCAGUAACACACUGUCGAAUCUUUUCAAUUCAAAUUUCAUACACAAAAAUCAACAGAAUGGUCAGACAAGCGGCAAGGAAUCGCCAACAAAUGGCACUACGACAACAACAACCACAAUACAAACGACAACAAAAUAUAAUAAAUCGGCAUUGAAACCGCACAAUAAGCGCAUUGCCGGCCACAAGAAGCGUUGGGGUACACUCAUCGAGGCCGCCAAAGUGGGAAAUGUCUCAAAAAUGCUAGGCCGCUCCAAAUCGGAAGACUCCAUGUGCAAUUCCUCAGCCAAUUCGUCGCCAGUUCAUGGCCAAGUGCGCGUUACAUAUGCACAGAAUUCUGCGCAGCAUUACAUGAGCAGCAGUGGCGAAACGACUACGACAGGCAGUCAUCGUGCCAAUGCACACACGCCGACACACAGCGCAGGCACACAUGGUGGCAUAUUCAUGAAGGAUCACAGCAGCAGCUUGAAUAGCGGCAGCGGUAAUAGUGUCAGCAGCAAUGGUGGUAACGGUGCUUCGCAUUUCUUUCAUACAACAACCGGUCUCACUGCCAUAGCCGCUUUGAAAAAGAAGCGCAAGAAGUUUUCAUCGAGUAAGAAUAUCUGUCCCGUUAACGAAUCCAUAUCCACUGCCAAUGGAACAACGGCUGAGGCAGCAUUGAACGACAAGAGCUGGGAAUCCCAAUCGGAGGAUACUUCAACAUUUACACCCGAUAUUACGCCACUUAUUUUGGCGGCACAUCGUGAUAACUAUGAGAUAAUCAAAAUAUUAUUAGAUCGCGGAGCCGUACUGCCAAUGCCGCAUGAUGUAAGAUGCGGCUGUGACGAAUGUGUUCAAUCACGCCAAGAAGAUUCACUGCGACACUCACGUUCUCGCAUCAACGCCUAUCGUGCACUGGCCAGUCCAAGCCUCAAUGCAUUGUCGUCGAAGGAUCCUAUUUUAACUGCAUUUGAAUUAUCCUGGGAAUUGAGACGUUUAAGUUUCCUCGAACACGAAUUUAAGGUGCGUAACUUUUGA